AUGUCUUCAAGUGAAUCAUCACAAUCAACAAGUAACGAAAUACAAGAAAAUGUUGUUGGUGAUAAUAUUUCAUCAUCAAAAUCCAACAAUAAUUUACCAUCGUCCACUAGUACUUCUGAAUCAACAAUUGAUGUUCAUGAAUCGACACCCGAUUCAUCUAAAAUUCCGGAGCAAACAACUAACAAGCAAAAUUCAGAAGAUGAGAACUCCUUUGAAACCUAUUACAAAUUAGGGGACCCUGUAAAUAUUAAGGGAAAACCAACUGAUCUCUUUAAAAGCAUUACUAUCAAGAAUACUGGAAACCAACUAAUCAGUGAAUCUGUUGUACGAUUUAAAAAAUCCAACAUUUCAUCAUUAUUUUACAUUUUAGGAAUUAAAAAAUUAAAAAAGUCAUUUAAGGUGUGUGGAAUUUUAGAAACGGAUUUCAGUAAAACCACUGAUCUUGAUCACGAGUGGUUGGAAUUGGUUGACGAGAAUGAUAAGAGUGUAAAAACAUUUAAAACAAGAAUUAUUAAAUUAAAUGAACAACCAACCAAAAAAAAUUCCAAAAGCAAUUCUGUUGAUACCUCCUCCAAGAAUGAAGGUAGAAAAUAUGAAACAAGAUCAUCUAAAAAGAAAAAAACAGAAGAAGAAGAACAUGUACUUGAACAAGAACAACAAUCUAAUUCCGAAUCUGAAGAAGAAGAACCACCUCCAAGAGUAGCCAGAAAAAAAUCAACUAGAAAAUCAAGUAAAAAAUCUGAAUCAGAAGAAGAAGAAAAAGAGGUUUCUCCAAGAGUAGCCAAAAAAAAACAACAACAAGAAAAUCAACAGGUAAAGUAG